AUGGAAUCCUCGGAGGCGGUACCAACAGGCAAAGGUCGCAAUCAGGAAGCUCGUGAACUAUCACUGUGCCAGACGACGGAGGAGCUCAAGACAUGGAAUCUGAAUGAACGGCAGCAACAGUUAGUCGACGCCAGUGGGCUCGGAAAUCUGAAAUACAUGGGAGAUCUGGCCAUCAACCGCACUAUGCUCAGGGUAUUUUGCGAGCUUUGGAGCAAAGAAACAAACACAGCAAGGUUCCAUGACUUUGAAAUGGCACCAUCACUCAGGGACACUGCCUACAUACUGGGAAUUCCGAUCAUAGGCCGUGCGGUGACCACCGGGGCUGUGCUCAACAUGUCGUCAGAAGAGCUGCUCCUCCAAUACCUUGGCCGAGUUCCUGGUUCAAAGGACUGCAGGGGUAGCCGUGUGAAGCUCUCUUGGUUACACUCCAAGUUUAGUCAGCUCUCGGAGCAUCCCACUGAUAAAGAAAUUGCGUGCAAAACAAGAGCAUAUCUCUUGUACUUGAUUGGAGCAACCCUGUUUUCAGACAAAGACAAGGGCUAUGUCUCUCCAAAGUACUUACCACUCUUGUCGGACUUUGACAAGGUACGAGAGUACGCAUGGGGCACUGCUGCUCUUGCUCAUCUUUACAAGGCUCUCUCUGCAUUAGCGUCUUCUCACUCUAUUGCCAGAAAAAGACUAUUCGGCAGCGCCACUCUGCUCAUGGGGUGGAUAUAUGAAUAUAUUCCAGCGAUGCGCCCUGAAAUGGAGGAUGAUCCAGCACUUGUCGUCCCACGAGUAUGCAGGUGGGCCGGGCACGCAAUAUCCCAACCAGCAAAGGAAGCUUCAGAUAUCAGAAAAGCUUUCAGUCAGCUUCGAGUUUCAGAUGUGAACUGGGAACCUUACAAGGGUAUGGAUCCUGCAUCUAUUCCCAACAUCUGCUCGGCACCCGAUAGCAUCUGCUUCUCCAGAACAUGGCUGAUCAACUUUAACGUGAGGGAAGUAUAUCUCCCAGAUCGAUUUGCUCGUCAGUUUGGUCAAGAACAGCAUCCGGCCGGCGAUGUUGGUGGGUUCCAGCGACAUCAGUGGAACGCGUCAGUGGAUUGGAGCCUGGAGUAUGCAUCAGAGAUCAAACAUUUCGAGCAGUUGAUCAAUGCUACUCGUCCUGAUCAUACAGCAGUUGCUGCCACUUGUAAAACGACUGAGGAUGUUUUUACGCCAGCGAGCACGGCACGAGAAUUUCCUGGUCUCAAAUUGCUUGCAGUGGUGGAAAGCAUCAAGAAGGAGCUCCCAACCAUCACGCGAUUUCUGGAGCAACGGUCACUUCCCGUCGAGGUAGCCACGUCGUUUGCUCGGAUCCAUGAACUACUGGAGGAUUCUAACUUGAAGGAAGGAAAUGCCGCAGUGGAUGCUGGGGGCGAGGGGACCUCUGAGUUGACUGCACCGCACCCUCCUGCCAUUCCACCGCAUGGGCCUGUGCCUGAUGAAGCGGUGCAGAACGGCAGCGAUCAUCCUGCGCCGGAAUGCUGUGACAAGCCGACGGGGGAGGAGGAGGAGGAGGAGGGAGACGGCAAGGCGGGGGAAGAGGAGGCAUCGGAAGGGAGCGAGGACAGUGAGGAGGACGGAGGCCAUAAGGGGCGGAAGCGACCGCCGCUUCGGAGGAGCAAUCGAAGCUGCGUGCAGGCCAAGAGGUUCAAGAACCGGGGAGCGAAAGGGUCCCAAGCCUCUGACCCCAUCGUGCUGUGA